CUGUUGAAAAGAGCAUAGAAGAGUGGACAUAUCGCCUUCGGCGAAAACUCCGCGACAGAAUUGAAGCGAGUCUAGCAGGAUCAAUAGAGGAAAGUGACUCAGUGGUUGUACACUUCACUCGAUUUGAAAAAAUGCCGCUGGAUGGCCGGUUACGAGCAGUGUUUUGGGCUAAAAGCCAUUCAAAACAAGGCAGUCAAAUAAAAAGCCUCGCUACAGAUCAACGAAUGCGGCAUGAGCGAUCAUUGAUCUCGAAUUCUGAAAUUAUUGUUAGCGCUGAACGCGCUGUGUCUAUAUUACGUCAGGAAACAACAAUGCUGUCAGAUUUUCAAAUCUCUGUUAUACAAACGUUGUAUUGCAAGCUUAACUGCUCCGGGCAUGGCAAAUGCAACGACGCGACCAAGCAGUGCGAGUGUGAUAACUUUUGGAUGGGAAACGUGUUCGCAUAUGCUUUUGCAGGCUUCAGAAACGAGGACUGUGCGUGGUCUUCUGUCUACUUCUGGAUGAUCUCAUCUUCACUAAUUGUACUACUUGCGGCUUGUUUUCUGUCUAGAAGAAGAUCAGCCGUAUGGAAUCGAGUUAGCAGGAGGCGAUUCAGAAAGCGGAAAAGGUAUAACCCACUUCGAAGCGAAUCUGAAGAUGUGGAGAAGGAAGCCUAUCGCAUGAGAAAUGGUCCACGGUUAGCACCUCUUCCGAUUCCUCAUUCUAGUGAAUCACUCGAUUCGGAGAGUGACGAACUGCUUGCCAUUUCGGGCAGCAACCAUUCUCUGCAAUUAAGGGAACGCUCAUCGGAAAAGAGUACGUAA